AUUCCAUUCUUUUAAAAGAUUAAAGAAAAUUGUUAGACUUGUGAUUUUUGCUUCGUAGCAACAUUGAAAACUUGUGCUCUAAAGGCAGAGUUAAAAAGACAGAAUGUAAUGCAAGUAUGAUUUUUUAAAGGUGUAUUUAUUUAUUUAUGUAAGUCAUCUCUACACCCAACGUGGGGCUGGAACUCCUGACCCCGAGAUGAAGAGUCACAUGCUUUCCCAACUGAGCCAGCGAGGCGCUUCGCAAGUAUGACUUUCUGAGGAUGAUCUAAGUUACGUGUUACCAAGGUUCUUAAGGAUAGGAAUCUAGCAUAGAAUUCAGCACUGGAAAUCACUACUUAAUAAUAUGAUGCUUGUCUGAUGUGUUCUGUUGCUCCGAGCAAGUUGUGUGGGCUAUUAUCUCCUGAGAAAUCCCUGUAAAUGGUAUUAGUAAUACUUUAUAAGUAGUUUGGGAGAAUUAUUUUUCUAAACCAUUUUGAAGUUCUUAGAUGAAAGGCUCUGUAUGGAGCAAAUUGGUGUCAGCCUGUUUUCCUUCCUCUGAGACAGAAGAUAGGUACCUUGGGGUGGAGAGGUUGGCUUAUCUUUUGGAGUUCCUGUAUAAAUUGCUUUCACUGGAUUUGAAAAGGAUAUCAGAAGUUCCCAAGAAUAUGGAUAACUAUGAAAGGAAACACUUUUGGAUUUGGGACUUGGAAUUCAUUAUGCAUUUUCAUCUAAGACUUAAAACAUUUAAACAGUUUGUAGUUGGCCAGAUUUGGGGAAGAAAAUAUGGGCCUUUGAUGAUGCGGGGGACCCACCUUUGUUUUUCUCUUGCUUUUACUUUAUUUCAGAGAAGAGGUAAAGCUGGCUUUCUGAAAAGCAGUCAACUUUUAUUUUCAGUGUGUUGGAUCUAUUUUUUUCCCCACUAAUCUGUGAAAUUAAUCUUUUGCUGCCAAGUAACUUGCAGUAGGAAUUGGAACAAAGUUUUCAUCUGUAUUCAUUUAUACGUUCAGAUAUGCAUACUCCAAUGUGUCCAUGUGAACACAGCUUUGCCUGGAAGAUUUAAAACCAGAUUCUUGCUCUAGAGAAGUUCAGUCUACUGGAGCAGGAUAAUAUAUGUGGAUGAGUAACUAUAACGCCUGCUGUUUUUGAAAAAUGCACAUUUUCCCCCCUAAAUUAUACCUAUACUGAAAAUAAUGGUAAAGAGUAGGUUUUACUGUUCAUGCAUUUGCAAGAAACUUUCUGUUAAAGACAAGGAAAAAUGAACCAGUCUAGACUCAGGGAAGGACAUGUACCACACGUAUGGUGUGGUGUUUGACUUCCCCCACCCCUAAUUAAAGGGGCACCGUUGAAGUGGAAAAGUUGUGCUCUGGGUUGAGAGUGCACUUUUUUGUUCUCUUUAAAAACAAAAUGUAUUCCUUAUUGUUCCAUCUACUUUGCUGCUUAUGAGACUGAUGAGCCACGCCCUUUCUCCCAACUGUGAGGGGAUUUCCAGCGAACUAGUAGGUGGAUUUUCCAAUGUAGUCACUCCACUUACCCAUUUGCUUCCAUGUUUUUGCAACAGAGUGUGUUUAAAACCUUCAUAGCUGUGCUUACCUUUUAGGGUUCAGAUUUACUCUCCAUUCAGUCUGUGGUCUUUAGCUUUUGGUAAGCUUCGUAUAAAACCUCUUUUUUGCAGAGACUGUACCACUUUAUUCUUCUGCCCUUGGGUGGUGGAGAACCAAAGGUCACUUUAGUGCCCCACCUGCCUCCAUCUUCGCUCAUGUGCUAGGGGACACUCUCUUGCCUCGUGACCACCUCUGCCCUAGGUUGGAGGGGGUCUGGGUUUUGAGGGCUCGCUAAGGUAAUUAAUCCAAUAUACAUCUGUAUGAUGAAGAAUGAAUUCCAAACAGCCCCCUUGUAAGUGAUCUCUGAGCGUUCGGCCUAUUUGUAGUGGAGGUUCAGCAACUCACAGAGCUUGGCUUUAUGGGCAGUUUGCAACGCAGCCAGAUUUAGUUCUCAAAAAACCAAAACCCCAAGGACCCUACCUUUUUUAAUCUGAUAAGAACGAAAAACGCAGGCUGACCUAACUGCAAUAUGGGACAGCAAAUGUUUUAAAGUGCAGGACCUUUUGCCUUCCCCUCCCCCAUUUUGCAUAAGAUUGGCUAGGUAGGUCUUUGAAAGCCAGAUGACACUGUCGGUAAUUGCUAAAAUAAUCGCUGUCUCUUGAGCAGCGGAUAUUAUUGCAGCGUGGCUAGGGGACCCAUUAUUGCGUGCAUUCUGUGCGCCGAAAUAAGCAGGUUGCGAACGGCAGCGUCUGGGCUCCUGGGCUCCGCGGGGCUUGGGGCCGCCGGGAGCCUGCGCGAGCUGGGGGCGGGGCCUCGGGCCACCGCCAGUGAAUGAGCAGGUCGCGAAGGACCGCGUCUGGGCUCCUGGGCUCCGCGGGGCUUGGGCCACCGGGAGCCUGCGCGAGGUGGGGGCGGGGCCUCGGGCCACCGCCAGUGCGCAUGGGCGCCAGCCUCUGCUCCCACGGACUCUUCAAUUUCCGCCGUGAUCGGAAACCUAGUGAAUGCCGUUAGCUGCGUGUCAACUGAGCGCGCCGGCUGCCAGAAUGUCUGGGGAAAAAGACUCCUUGAGGGGAGGCGUAGAGAAAGGACAGGAGCCGGUGGGGACCGUCGCUGGUGGUGCGUUCUCCGUGAAUCUUCCGGAGGACGAGGAAGAGGAGAUGAAGGUGGAUGUGGUGGCGCGCGCUGACAGCGACUCUGACGACCUCAGCUCCGGCGAGGCGGACCUAGACUCAGACCUCCUGGGGCUUGCGGAAGACGAGGGGAAAUACCGGAAGAUCCGCAGGCAGUACCGGCAGCUCAUCCAUAGCGUCCAGGAGAACCGUGAGGACAUCGUGAACCCGGCGAGCGACUCGUUGACCGAGGCUCUUGAGGAAGCCAACGUGCUGUUUGAUGGAGUGAGCCGAACCAGAGAGGCCGCGCUCGAUGCCCAGUUUCUGGUUUUGGCUUCUGAUUUGGGUAAAGAAAAAGCAAAGAAACUAAACUGUGAUAUGAGCUUUUUUAAUCAAGUAGCGUUUUGUGACUUUCUGUUUAUCUUUGUGGGCCUGAACUGGAUGGAAGAUGAUGAAUGUGAUGAAUUGAGCGGUUGUGAUGAUAACAUAGCUCUUUCCUUCUGGGAGACAGUACAGAAGGAAGCAACAUCCUGGAUAUUGCGAGCUGAAACAUUCCACUUUAUUUUUGGUUCGUUCAAGUGUAAGCCUUCUGCACCAAAGCCCCGACGUGAACACCGGAAGAAAGCUCACAAGAUGGAAGAAAAUGGGGCUAUGCCUCAAAAGCUGAGGAAGUUGGACCUGAGUAAUAAUCAAGAAGCAACAGAAAAAGAAGUAGAAAGAAUCUUGGGACUGUUGCAAACUUACUUUCGAAAGUAUCCUGAUACUCCUGUGUCCUAUUUUGAGUUUGUAAUUGAUCCAAACUCGUUUUCUCGUACUGUGGAGAAUAUAUUUUACGUUUCUUUCAUUAUAAGGGAUGGUUUUGCGAGAAUAAGGCUUGACCAAGAUAGGCUGCCGAUAUUAGAGCCGAUUACUAUUAACCAAGUGGGUGAGGGAAAUGAUCCCAGUUCUCAUGGCAGGAAACAAGGAGUUAUAUCUUUAAGUUUACAGGACUGGAAAAAUAUUGUGGCAGCUUUUGAAAUUUCAGAGGCUAUGAUCACAAACACCUGCUAGGGACUUUUGUUCUUAGUAUAGGAUGUAUUUUGUGGCUUUUCUAAAAUAUCUCAAAGUGGAGAGUAAAAUCCAAGCAGAAGCACAUAUUGUAUUUCAUGUAAAGUGAAAAAGUAUUUUUGAAACAUCAGAAGUUGUUGUGUACUGUGCAAUGUAUUUUUUUUGGUAGUUUAUGAAGUUGUCAUGAUUUUCUGCUAUUAAAAAAUACUGCUAUGCUCAUGGGAAGAUUUUUUUUACUGCCCUUUAAGACUUUUAUCAAUAAAAGUCGGUUCUGAA